AGAAGCAGAUCCCUCGCUUUCUCUCAACAAUUUUAUGAAAAAGGUGCACAGCUUGGAUUUUUCCUUUUCCCAGUUUAGCUUGCUAGCUCUUACAGUGGCAUGCAGUGCUGAAACCUGUGUUCGUCCACUGAUAAUGUUUCCAUAAAUUUAGUCCCUCCGUUUGUAGGGGCAGGGCUUCUUUUGUUAACCCCAACAAUGAGCUCACAGUAGGUUGAGCCAAUUCCUACCGUGACUGCAGAAAUAUUUGUAAUUGUCUUUAGUGAACUUUGGGUCAGGCCUUUCUUUCGGAAUAAACCUGUUAGAAGACCAGACCGGUUCUCUAAUUGCCUGUAGCCCAUACAGCAAAUCAGCAGCUGGAAAUGUGGAGCUGCGUGGAAAACUACCCAAUCUCUUUCUUCCCUGGCUUCACAAGUGGGAGCUGUUGAUACCUGCACGGCUCUUGGUACAAGGCAGAGCAGAGCAUCGAAAGUUAAUAAUCCACAAGCCACUCAGAAACGUCUAGGACAGAGACACUGACACCAGGGAAUCAUAUGUCUGCACUGAGCAGCUAGUAAAUUGUUUACUUGGAGGGCUCAUGAGAAACACACAGAUAAACCUCUGAAGCCACUACUUGGCAGAACAAAUUAUGACAUCGACAUCUAAAGGAAUUUUCCGGCCAUUUUUUAUUAUCUUCAUUGUCCUUGGCUGUUUCAUGGCAUUGAUACUAAUUUAUAUCAAACCAACAAAUAGCUGGAUCUCUGGUCCCAUAGAAUCAGCCAGUUCAGUUUUGAAAAUGAAGAGCUUUUUUUCUUCCAAAACUGAUAAUCUUAAUGAAACUACUAUUUUGAUCUGGGUUUGGCCAUUUGGUCAAACAUUUGAUCUAACAUCCUGCCAAACAAUGUUCAAUAUCCACGGGUGCCAUCUGACUAUUGACCGCUCAUUAUAUAACAAAUCCCAUGCUGUUCUCAUUCAUCACAGGGAUAUUAGCUGGGAUCUGACUAACUUACCUCAACAAGCCAGGCCACCAUUCCAGAAGUGGAUUUGGAUGAACUUGGAGUCUCCAACUCAUACUCCACAAAAGAGUGGCAUUGAACACCUCUUUAACCUGACCCUGACUUACCGGCGUGAUUCAGAUAUUCAGGUGCCUUAUGGCUUCAUGAUGGUCGGUACAAGUUCCUUUACAUUUGAAGUGCCAAGUAAGGAAAACUUGGUCUGCUGGGUUGUAAGUAACUGGAACCCUGAGCACGCUCGAGUCAAGUAUUACAAUGAGCUUAGCAAAUACAUUGAAAUCCAUACCUAUGGACAAGCCUUCGGAGACUACGUCAAUGACAAAAACUUGAUUCCAACUAUUUCCACUUGCAAAUUUUACCUUUCCUUUGAAAAUUCAAUCCACAAAGAUUACAUUACUGAGAAACUUUACAAUGCUCUUCUGGCUGGAUCAGUACCAGUUGUACUGGGCCCUUCCAGAGAAAACUAUGAGAACUACAUUCCAGCAGACUCUUUCAUACAUGUGGAAGAUUUUCUCUCUCCCAGAGAGCUGGCAGAAUACCUUCUGAUGCUUGACAAAAACAACAAGAUGUACCUUAGUUAUUUCAACUGGAAAAAGGAUUUCUCAGUACACCUUCCUAGGUUCUGGGAAUCACAUGCAUGUCUUGCUUGCGAUCAUGUGAAAAGACACCAAGAAUACAAGUCCGUUGGAAAUUUAGAAAAAUGGUUUUGGAAUUAAUUAAUUGGUGUGUGUAUGUGUGUGCACUUUCUUGAAGAAGCCAGAAGAAACUUCAGUGCAAGUGGAGAGGAAAGAAAAAGAAAAAAAAAGGAAGGAAAAGAGAACAUUAUGUCAUGGUUUAUCAGCUAUCCUCUCUUGGCUAUCCUAUUUAUAUUUUGUAAGAGAUUUUAAAAGAUCAGCAGCAGCAGUCAUCAAUACUUGGUUUUAAAUUAUAAUGUACAUACUAAUUAUGUGCACUGAAGAAUACUUGAUUGUUUACUAUGAUUUUUAAACAAGAUUUUUCUGUGAAAUAUGUCCCAGUCUUACACUUAAAGUAGUCAUUUUUAACAGUUCUCUUUUUUUUUUUUUUUUUUAACAUUACGUUUGCUGUUUAACCUAUCUGGAAAAUGAGGACACAACUUUAAAUGCCAGAGAGAACUUUAAGAACAUAAUUUGCUGUUCCAGCCUGAAAUGUGUGUAAUAUUAAAAAGACAGUAUUUUAUGGUUCUUCUUACAUUUUAAGAACACAGUAAAGUUAAAUACCUGCCAUUAGUCCAAUACUAUCAAUUUCACUCCUUUUUAAGGGUGAGAAACCUAGAAAUAUAAUUUCUAAAAGGUAUGACAGCAGUAGACAGUCUUUGUUUCUAAAAAUAAGAUGUGUUCUAACAGAUCUCUCCAUUAAGUUAUGUUAGGAAUAUGUCUGUUCUUAGUCUUUGAAGAAUAAAGUCAGAUAUAGAGAAGACGUACAACCUUAGUGGCCAAAUCUCAGAUUCAUCCAAGUUUUGAGUGCAUUUAAACGCAGCAUGUCCUUAAGUCUCAUUGUGUCUCAAAUAUUGUUUACCUGAACCAGGGCUGUAAGUGGUAUCACAUUGAUGAUACAGAGACAAACAGAUUUUAACAUAGGUGUUUGAUUACAUUAGCCUAAUGCACUGAAUUCAGCUGGUAGUAAUGGAUUUUUAGAAAUAGACUGUUGAAAAUUUUAUCAAUUUCUCUCAUAUAAUUUCUCAAAUAAUUGUGAAUUUGUCCCCAGUUCUGCAAAAUUGUAUCUGUUGAACUUUAAUUGUAGCUGAACACCUUGCUGUUAUGACUGAUGAAUGUGAAGAAACAAAAAAAUGACCAAAGAGUUUAUUUUCUGAAAGAAAUAUGCUGAAAUUCAGUAAAUAAGUUAUCAGGCUGACACAUUCAACCAUUAAACUUAUUAAGCUAAUGAAAUUUGAUUUUUGAAAAUAUUUUAUGUGACAGGUACAAAAAAUGCACUCAAGAGCACCAGUUGAAUUUUGAAUAUAUAAAUAGGUUCUUAAGUGUCAAGUUUUCUUUGAUAGCAAAUACAAAAAUGUGAUGAUUGUCAUGAUUGUUUAAAAUGUCUGCUUUUCUGUGAUUUUAUUACUUAUUUGUUUCAGCUAGAACAAAAAUAUGUGAUUGCUAUAUACGUAUUCAUGUGUACAAGGCUGGUUUCAUGACAUAAAUGUACAGACGUGUUUUGGUAUCAAGUGAAAGCUUGUUUUUUCAAGUCAGAAUGUGUUACAAAUCACAUCUUCUACUGGAAAAAAAAAAAAAGUUUAACUGGAAAAGCACCAUUGAUGUAUAAGACCCUGAUCAAGCAAAGUAGUUGGUCAUAUAUUUAAUUAAGAUUAAACUUGUAGAGAGCAUUGCUGAAGUAAGAAAUAAGGGAUAAACUAUGAUAAACAUUUAGCAAAAGAUAUGGUGAUUUGCCAGAUUUAUUUUUUUUUUACCCCAGGUUGGAAUAGAAACACAGAAGACUGUAAGAGUAAUGUAGUCAAAUUUCUAAACCAGGAAACUCCACAGGAAGGUUAUAGAAACACUUGUGCUCUCCCUAUGGCUUCAAAAGCUGGAUUCUGAUAGAGAUAUUUAUUUAUAUUACUUAUUGUUGUCUUUAAAAGCCAGUUUGCAAUAUAUACUGUGAACCUCCUAUACUCACCAGCAUUCCAAUACAAAGCAAGAGAGCUUACCUUGCAAAUUAAUGCAAUAUAAUGAAACCAGACUUCUAAAAACAAAGUGCUGGUAUUGAUGUAUAUGUAAGUAGAUGUGAGUAGUAUUUCCAUCAUUUUUAAAGCAAGUGGCUAUUGCUUACAGUCUGUCCUCUAGGAUAUAACACCUUUUGUUUUCAGGAGGGCAGUGAAACCCUCUGUCACUGAAUAUGCUACUGCUUUGGCUGAAUAAUCUGAUUCCCCUGAUGCUGGAAUUUGGAAGUUAUUUGCAUUGAUCUCAGUGGAAUUGCAUUCACCCCUUGGUGAAUGUGCACAGUCACUUAAUUCAUUCCUCAUUUCAGAUAGUGGGAGUUGUUUUGUGUGUCACGAGGCCUUAUAUCAAAUCAGAUUGGUUUCUUGGCAUCAAGAUUUAGCCAAUAAAUUCUUAUAUUAAUAGCAAGUAAGCCCAAUAAUAAGAUAUAUGAUUUGUUACUACAAAUAUCAAUCAGUGUAUGCACAGGAAAGCUUUGAAAUACAUGCUGAUUUGUAAGCCUGUAAGUAAUGUCAUUACCUCUGUGAGCACUGGAUCCAGUCAGCAUGGCUAAUCUGAAAUUUUAAGUAAUUGAAAAUCUUAUGAUGGAACAGGAAGGAGAGCUGUUCUCUUUACAGAAACUCCACACAUGGCCAGUAUACUUUGCUUUUGGGACACAUUGCUAAAAUCAUUUCAGAGAUUAAUGAAACAGGAGAGAAAUCUAAUCCAGAUUGAAAUGACCAAGAAUCAUGACCAAAUUCUAAGCAAGAGAGAUGAAGAGACAUGACCUCACCUUCACUGACAUUCUUGGAGUGUGGGCUGGAACAUAAGUAAGCCAGGCAUUUAUAUUAAAGUAAUGUGCAUCUGCAGGUAUCAAACCUUAAGCAGUUCUGGAUAUAAAGAGCUUUGAUGACAGAAGAUGAAUCACCUUAGGGCAUGUCCAGCCUACGUAGUAAAUGAUGUGAAGUGAAGGAUGUAAAACAUCUGAACUCCUUGCAUGGAUAAAGGCAGUCUACCUAAACAUAUAUGCCUAACUCACAGAAGAUUGAUUCCAGUCUAGAUACGUAAUAUUGUGUUGCGAUGUCUGUGCUCACUCAGUGAGCUACCCUACAUGAACAGCCUAGCAUAAAUAGAUUCAAAUAGUAAAUCAUUGUGAAGAAGAAUGGGCAAAACCAAUUAAGUAUGGAUUAAAAUAUAUAAUUAAUAUAUGGAACUAGUUCAAAUAAAGAAUAUGAUAUUAUUUACACCUUGCUACCACUGGUAAAGAAGGUAGCUGUACAAGAAAAGAGAAAUGAAAGAUGAGAAAUCACACCAAUUCUUACUAUCUUCUCAACAAAUUUAUGUCAAGUAUUCAGUUUAUUUUAUUUGCCAGUCCACAAUAAUCUUCCAUAUGCACUUGUCACAAGUUAACUCAGCAGUCACUGAAGACAGACAGUAAUCAUUAUUCUUCCUUUUACAACUUCUUUUGGAUGUUUUUAGGCUCUCUGUCAUGCACAGAGCUAUCAACAUUACUGCCUUUCUCAGUGUGGAAAGUAAGACCCAAACCAGAUAAAAUACUAACUGCAGAUGCAUCGCUACUCUGCUGAAUGUGAACAUACAUCAGUCAGAACUAGCAGCAGAUCCUUCUAAAGCAGAGUUUAAUUUAAUUUCACAAACAUUCAAUGACCAUAGUAGCUCUUGCUCAGCAGAUCGCCAUCUGUUAGUGAAUCCUGGUUGCCAGUUUCUUUGAAUACUUCUUGCUGUCUAAGAUGGCUGUACUCACAAUGAAGCAGCAGUCUGACCAAAGCCCCCAGAAGUUGCAAGGCACAUCCAACAACAUAUUUGUCUUUUAAGAAAUAUAUCAAAUAAAAUGAAUGUUGGACUGAGCAAGAAUGUAUGUGGAGAUAUCUACAGUUCAUGCAGGCUGAGCAAGAUAUGUGAAACUGGCACUACUCAGCAUAGUAAACAGCUACUUACUGUUUUCUUGCUACUUAUGUAUGUUUAAAAAGAACCAACAACAUAAGGUAAUUUUCUAAUCAAACAAGCUUCAGUUAAACAAGCAACAACUGUUGCUGAUUAUUCAAGGAUGGGAUUCCUGCUUGCUUUGUAUUACCUCCUUUAUUAGACAGAAAAGUAACUUUCAGGGGAAGAGUGAAGUCUGUCAGCAAGCUAUAAUAUAUUUAUUAUCUGAUUUCAAGAAUCCUAUUCUUUUCUUUUUUUAUUUUGAAAUAAAUCUUCCUGUCCUUAUGCAGUAAGAUUUUCUGGACUUGAUUCAAGAAUAACCUUCAGCACAUAUGCAUAUGAUCCUGAGACUCAAGCAUGGGCUUAAAUUUAAGAGCAUCUUAAAUGCUUUAAUGCACUGGGGCUUCAAACAGUAUGUUUUUACUGCCUUUGGAAUUGUGCCAGAGAAUACAGUCUGUAAGCAACAGAGGCUGAUUUGUACAGCCUUUUGCAUUAUGUGUGCCCAUUCUAUGAGUAGACUGGCUAUUCCACACUGAAAACUGUUUGAACCAAUUCUGCCUUAGAGUUUAUCCAAUAUGUUUUGGCCCUACACUUCUGCUUCAGCAUACUAUAUAUGCUACCAUUGCCUCAUGCCAUUCACUCAGCAUGGCACUCCACCCAACCUCCUGCCUGUGCUGUGCAGGGUGAAUGAACUUGCAUGUCAUGUAAGGAGCUGAGAGGAGCUGAGGCUUGCUGAGAUAGUAUUUCAAGGACCUGGCCGUGUGUGCAUUCUUUUAAUCUGGACUGAGUGUGCCCUAGAGACGGUCAGUCUCAGCCAUACCUCAUUUUCCUUUUGGAGGAAUAUAUUUGAUUCAGCCUAGAUGGGACUCUGUGAGGGAUCAACUGUACAUGAAGAGUGGGAACAAAAGUUGUGCCUGUACAGGCUGAUAAGGAGGCUUCUCACCUAUUUAAACUAAACAGUGAAAGUUAAUCAAAUACUCAAGUGUUUCCUUGGUCAAAACUAGUACAUUACUGAGAAGACAGUCUAGGGGAAAUAUUUGUUUAUCUGCCAGUUGGUAGGCUUUUUCAUUAAUAGUGACUGACAGUUCUGUUUUGUUUGGUUUUAGUGUGAGUUUUAAUUGUCAGAAGUCAAUCAAUAUGAUUAAUAGAAAAUAGUUAUUUCAGCUUCAUCUUUCACUCCUUGCUCAGGCAAAUCUUCCAUGAAAGUCAGCAGGUGAUUUGGGAAAUUUCCGUGCUAGUAAUGCACUGAGCCAAGGGUGGAAUGGCUGGGGUAAAAAAUCACCUUCUUAUUCAUGGAUGUUUCUCUUCUAAUAUCUGAAUAACUAGCUCGAGUGCUAUAACAAAUUCUACCUUCAUAAAAUCAGUAUAAAAUUCAUACUGGUUAGAUAUGUUCAUAAAAGGUACAGAAACACCAAGAAAUUUAUUAAAUAAACAGUGCAGCAGUAAUUUUAAUUGAUGGUACAAAUGCCACAGAUUGAUACAUAUGAUAAAAACAUAAACUCAUGGGAAAUUAUUAGGUCAAGAGACAUCAACCUUCAGUUUUCAUAUUGAAAAAAGUCACUUCAUUACUCCUUUGGAAAGAUAAUUUGGAAUCUUUUAUGUUACCAUAUUCUCAGUUAACUGAAACCAGCAGUCCCUGUGCAGUGAACAGUUCAGAGGUUUGCUCAUGUGGCAGAUAGCCUUUUACCUCCAGGUUAAUAGCCUGUAUUAUGAGUAGGUUGGUACAUACAGCUGCUUGGCAACCUCUUGUAGGUGACUUGGUGAUCUUAGUCAGGUUUCUCAUUCUUGCUUUCAGCCAAGGAGGCAUAGAACUGAACCAAAACUCAUCGGACUUCUUCUGUGUAUUUCUUGACACACUCACGGGAUGACUUAGGACACUCUCACUCCUGCAGUCUGUACCAUACCUGUUUAUGCAGAAGACUUCACUGUUCCAAGAAAUGAACACUGGUAUUUUUCUGAGUUAUGGUGACAGUCUGUAAAAAUGAAGAAGUAUUUUUACAGGGGGAGCUCUUUAUUAACAUUCCUAAGUAAAUAAUUAGUAGGAAAAUCAUUUAAUCAUUACAAAUUGGCAGCAAAAGUGAUUGUUUGUUAUUCUUUAUAUGAAUCAGUCCAGUCAAAAUCAGGCUUUGAUGAAACUUUAUCCCCAUGGCUUAAUACAGCCAGAUACCCGCACAUACAUGAUAGCAAAAUUUGAAAGAUAUAAAGUAAACUAACACUUACAUAUAUAUAAAGUUGGCAUAAAUUUCCUAUAGGGCUUUGAAGCUCUAACUAAACACUUCAGCAGUCACCAGAUGAAAAAUGUUCACAUCAAUCCCUUUAUAACAUGAUAGGAAAAGCCCUCCUGAUAUAUGCUCUUUGGCAAAUAACCCAAAAUCUACAUAUUCCUUUGCUGUUUUGUUUUGUAAUACACGUUAUAAGAGAUGAGAUUUUAAAAUCUGGAAAAUUAACUCCUUGGUGCAAUUUAAUGUUUUAAAGAUUCAGUGGAUAUACUGAAGAGAAGAAAAUGAGAAGCUUUUCCAUCUAUACAAAAUCCUAACGUGCCAAACUGUUUCCAGUGAAUGAGCAAAACAGUUAAAUAUACUGACUUUUUAUUAGGAUUUACAAAACCUUCUAUUAACACACUGUAAUUUUGCACUAUUUUGUAAGAAAAAAAAGGGAAAUGAAAAAAGGAACUGAAAAAGAAACAAAAAAAAAAUCUAAAAAUAGAUGCCAAAUGUAUAGUUUGUAAAAUACUAUUUUUCUUAAAUUAGGUGUCAUCACAUUGUGAAUCUUACUGUGUUAUAGUAAACUGUGAAAACUGUGAUGUACUGUUGUGACACCGCCUACCAAGGGCCAUUUCUAACAGACAGAAUAGUCACCUGGACUUGUUUAUAUGAAACAUAGUCAUAAAUCUGAGAUCACUUUUAUACUUAUUUUUUGUAGACUAUUUUUCCACAUUUACAACACAACUGUUAUUUUAUAUCAGACAUUAAUUUUGCUUUAAAAUAUUAUUUUAAUAGGUGGGUGGGUGUCUUAAAUGUGCCAGAUUCAAAUCUGUAACAAAGAUAAUUCAGAAACUCUUCUUUGCCAAACUGUAAUGCUACUGAAAUCAAAGAUGUUUUGUUGAACACACAGGCUUGUGUUGUCAAUUAGUUUCUAUUCCAUGAUAAUGCUAAUAAUGUUAUAUUUUUUAGAUAAAUGCCUGGUAGUCAUGAGCUGCAUUUCCAUUCUGUCCUUCUCUAUGUUGGGGAAAUGAAACUGAGUGCCAUAGCUGAAUGUCAUAGAUAUUCAGACACUCACAUAAUGUGCCAUGGACUUGACCUCUGAAAUAUAUUGAUGAGAAUUAGGAGAAAAAAACCUUUCAGCUGCUUGUCCUGAUUCAAACCCAUUUUCUGUGGUGGGUUACAUGAAAAUGGGAUGGUUGACACAUACAGGACUAGUAUGAUCUCUGUAAAGACAGUAAGGUUCUGUAUGUAGAAACAUGGGACCACGUUUACUUUCUUAGUGCAAGAUCAGGACCAAAGUCCCUUUCUAUUUGAGCUUACACACAUAGCAUUGAGUGGGAUCUUAUAUGAACCCUUGCUUCAUGUUCUCAGCUAAUGAUAUUCCGUGUACUGACAAUUUAAUAUUUUAUGUGUUUUACAUAGUAUAUACAUGAUGCAUAAAGUCAUGCGUAAGAAAUAGUAACCAUGGAAAAUUGAAUUUUAUUUAAAAAAAAUGAAAACCAUUCUUACCUGCAAGCACAUUUUAAGAUGCCAUGUUCAAACAAGACCUUGUAAAAAUCUGUAUUUUUUAUUGAUUGUAUAUUUCACCCCAUGAUCUAUACAUUUUAUAGCAAAGUUUUUACCAAAUUUAUUGUUUGUUCCUUUUAACAAUACCAUCAUCCUGAAAUGCAUCUGAAAAAUGUAGGGUUUCAACCACUGAUGUUUUUCAGAAUUUUGGUUUUUUUAAUUUGAUGUUGUUGUUAAACUUUCUUCUGAUUCCCUAUAGCUAUGUUUAGAGUUUUCAACACAAUCUGACUGCAGUCAGAAGAUACUCACUGUAUGAAACUACAGGAAACUGUAACCAUUUCAAGGACUUUAAUCAUCUAUAUGAAACUAAUAUUUCAGAACUCUGAUUCCAAGAUGGUUAACAAGCAGCUCACUGACUCAUAUUUAUUCAGCACUGGAAUUCUCCCCAAAGGAUAAACACUGAAUUAUGUAAAUAGUAGCGCUCUAUAUAAGCCUAACAAAUUAUUGUAAUAGGUAUAUUUAAAAUAAAAAGAGAACAUUCCACGU